AUGACAGUGGGCUCCUCGAGUCUCCAACAGCACACAUAUUCCAGGAAAACCCCCAGGGUGCUGUCGAACAUCGAGACUCCAGCUUCAGUGAAAGCUUCAAUGACCUUCUACCUGUGGGGAGUAGAGCAACAGCUUGCCAAUGCCCUGGCACCUGACCCAUUGCCAGCAGAAGUCGGUGGCCAUGCCAUGAACAAGGUCUCAAAUCGCGAAAUAGCUCAUGAGAUAGGCCUGAUACCGCUUUCUGCUGGAGAGAACAAAUACGUCGGCCCUUCAAGCGGAUUUCCAUUUGUCAAACUGGUCUUUGCGAGGGCAGGGAAAGCUAGUCCUGGAAUUAUUCAUUCCCUUGCGCGCCAUUAUUCGUCAGUUGAUAGGAAGAAUGGUUCAUCUUUCAGUGUUGGGCCCCACAGAGAUCCCCUAAUCUGUCGACAAAGCUUUGAAUCUGUCGAGGACAUACUUUGA